AUGGCAACUAUCAGAUAUGAGAUUGAGAAAUUUGAUGGCAAGAUAGACUUUGAACUACAGAAAGCAAAGAUUAAAGCAGUCUUGGGGCAACAGAAGACUCUCUUGGCCAUUACGGACCCUACAAAGUACCCUGAAACACUCUCUGAGGCAGACAAAGAGACUAUUGAAUUAAAUGCAUAUGGAACCAUUAUUCUCAAUGUCACAGACAGUAUUUUGAGGCAGAUUGUCGACCAGCCUACUGCCUAUGCCCUGUGGAAUAAGCUGAAUGAGAUAUAUCUUAACAAAGACCUACCCAACAAAGCUUUCUUCAGGGAAAGAUUCUUCACUUACAAGAUAGACGCAGCAAAGUCCCUUACGGAUAAUCUUAAUGAGUUCAAAAGACUGUCUUCUGAGUUUAGAUCAAUCAGAGAUAAUAUUAGGGAAGAGAAUGAGGCAUUCAUACUACUAAAUUCUCUUCCAGAAUCUUUCAAAGAUGUGAAGACUAUAUUGAAAUAUGGUAGAGAAAGAAUUACCACAUAA